CAGGAGAGAAUCUCUGUCUCUGUGUCUCUUGUCUGAGAGUCCAUCACAAAAGGAUUUAACUCCUCGACCACAAACUGUAACUCAGCUGUUUCCACAUAGCAUUAUCCUCAGCUUAGACUUAUCUGUUACGAUGUACCGUGGGCUGGUGUUACUGUUCUUGGUUUUGGUGCUGGAAACCCGAUGGAGUGAAUCGAGAUGUCAGCAGUCAGAGUCUCAUAGAUCAGUUUCAGGUGAGAGUCCAAGUUUUCGGCUGUCGGCUCAUAACUUGCAGAAGAGGUAUAAUGACAUAGAUUAUGACAGUUUCGUCGGAUUAAUGGGGCGCAGGAACGUCGACACAGAUGAUAUACCACCUCAGCGUAAAAGGGAAAUGCAGGAUAUCUUUGUUGGACUCAUGGGUCGACGAAGCACUGACCCUGAAACUGGGCGUCCAUGGAGGAAAGAUUAUCCAGAAACAGGCGCAAGAGGAGACAACUUCAACAAAUGCAAACUAAGGUGA